AUGGCUGCCCGUAAACAUUACGAUUCGAUCGCCACUGACACAGGCAUAAUGGACUCGGAUGAAACAGAAGAAGACGAGGAUGUAUUCUUCAAAGAUCCUCGCAGAAAUUUAUUAACAGAUUUCUCUAAAACAAGCAGCAAUGAAACAAAUUUGAAUGUUGGAGAGGAACACAUGAAAGUGUAUUUACGAGUUAGGCCCUUCUCAGAAGAUGAACAAAACAGACAGGAAAACCAGAGCUGUGUGGAGAUUGAGGAUGACAACCAUGUAUUAACCCAUGCCCCUAAGGAUUCUCACACCUACAAAAACUGUACCCACGGUCUUGGCAAAACCACACACAAGUUCACAUUCUCCAAAAUCUUCUCAGAGACAACAAGUCAGAAGGAUUUGUUCGAUCAGACUAUGCUAGGCCUGGUCAAAGACUUUAUCAGUGGUCAGAACUGUCUUGUCUUCACAUAUGGCGUUACAAGCUCUGGGAAAACAUACACAAUUCAAGGUGAGCCAAGUGAUGCGGGUGUCUUGCCGCGAGCCUUGGAUGUCUUGUUUAACAGCAUCAGUGGUAAACAGGUGGACGGGAUGAAACUCAAACCCAACAUGUUCACAGAUGUGAUGAAACUGUCUAGUGUUGAGGAAGAGGCGGAGAAAAAGUUUAAAGAAAAAACUCUGAAAAUGAGCAAUGAUGAUGAGCCGGAUGUGAUGAGCUUACUUGGAGAGGAUGCUUCAGAUUUAACUAAUACAACAACAUGCUCCGAGAGUUCUAAUGUGUCUUAUGCUAACUCAGAGAGACAGAAAGGUAGGAAUGGUCGGACUGAAGGUGAUAACAGUCCUGAGGAUCUGCUGAGUGAGAUUGAGGACCGUGUGCGAGAAGAGACGGCUGUCAGUGUGGAGGACCAAGGAAGCAUCAGGUUCUCCAUCUGGGUCUCGUUUGCAGAAAUAUACAAUGAACAGAUCUUUGACCUUUUGGUGUCCAUCCCAAAGAAGAAGAAUGUGCGAAGACCUGUCCUUAGACUAAGUGAUGACAAAAAAGGAAGCCCUUAUAUCAAAGGACUAAAGGAAAUCCAUGUAACGUCUGCAGACGAGGCAUACAAAUUAUUAACCAUUGGUAAACAAAAUCUGCGUACAGCAUGUACCAAACUUAACCAUCAGUCAUCUCGAAGCCACUGUAUCUUUAACAUCAAAAUUGUACGUGUGAUGGAUGUGGAUGACCCCCAUGUUGCCAGAGUUAGCAUGCUAUCUCUGUGUGAUCUGGCUGGCUCAGAGCGAUAUUCAAAAACACAAAGUAAUGGGGAGCGUUUGAAGGAAGCUGGAAACAUUAACACGUCUCUGAUGACCCUGGGUCGGUGUAUAGAAAUGCUACGUUACAACCAGCAUCACAAAGAGAAGUCAAAGAUCAUACCGUUCCGUGACAGCAAGCUGACACGACUGUUUCAGAAUUUUUUUUCUGGUAGGGGAAAGGCAGCCAUGAUCGUGAAUGUCAAUCAGUGUGCAAGCAUGUUUGAUGAAACACUACAUGUGUUCAAGUUCUCAGCCAUAGCUAAACAGGUGGUUGUUGCACAGAAGCCAGACCCACCACCACGGCCAAAGUUACUGACGAUAUCUGUACCUCCGCCUGUUGAGUCAGUCAGAGCACCAUCUAUUGCCUGGGCAACUCCUGGACAACUCUACACAGCAGAGAAACUGCCCCUCCCAGAGGAUGAGGAGGAUAACUUGGGGGAGACAGAUGAAGUGGCGGAACUAGUGCAGGUGAUUGAGGAGAUGGAAAAGGAGAUCCGUGGACUCCGGAAAGAAAAACUGCACCAGGAAGGUCGUAUUCGUGAGGAAGUCUGCCAGGAAAUGAUGAAACAGUUUGUUGCUAUUGAGAAUGAGUGCAGGGAGCGAAUUCGAUGGACAGAAGAGCUAGCCGAGGAGACCAUGGAGAGGAGAAUUAAAGUCUUAACUGAUGCUUAUAAAGAAGAAAAGAAGUCGGUCAGAAAGGGUAAACAAAGUCAGCGUAUGGAGGACGAUGACGAUGAGUGGGUAUCCAGUAUUCUCCUUCAUCAAGAGAAGGUCAAAGUUGAGGAAAAGGAGAAAGAGAUAUCUGAACUUCAGAAACAGGUCAGAGAGCUGAAACAGCAGGAAUUUAAGGAGGACAGUAAAGAUGACCAGACGUCACUGGUUGAGGCGAUGUCUCAUCAACUGAAGGAGCUUCGGGCGACUAUCACAGAGAAGGACGAGGAGAUCUAUAAGCUGAAUGAGAUGUUGGAGGAAGCAGGAGAGACAUUUGCUGAGAAGGAGACGGAACUUUCCCGUUUAAACAACCUCAUUUCAGAUCACAAGGCCAAAGUAAAAGAACAGGGUAAAACGAUAGCCGAGUUGGAGGAGGCACUGAAGGAGAGUCAACUUGCCCUUCAAACUGCAGACAGACGCCUCACACAACAGGAGGAUAAUGCUGCCACCCAAAAUGAGGAAAAGGUCAAAAUACAAGGUACAAAGGGAAAAUUUCCUAAUUUAAAAGUCAGAUCUUAUAGUUCCAGAGUAAGCAAAACACCCCCUCUGUUCUCCUGUAUGGAGAAUGAGGCCAGCACUAGUGAUGAUAACAACAUUAUUUUGAAACCCACUGCAGGACUAAUAUCAAAACUUAAACCCAGCAAGCGAGUCUUACAGCUGAUAGUUACACCUCUCCAGAACAAAAUCCUAGCCCACCACACUCGCACCAGCCUUCUAAGGCUGCGCAACUCACCUGCCAAAGAUCCAACACGAGGCCGUGAGUGUAUGAAAAACAUCCUAGGACCUGAGAAAGAGAACUCUAGAGGACCUCAUCAGAGAAGCAAACGGAAACUUACAGAGGAUAAAGACACCAGUCUAAGCAAAAGGCGUAGAAAAUUGUUAGUGGAUAGAUAUGUACACCAUGAUAUUACAGAGGAGCUGACCACAGUCCAGGGAUGUGUCGGGUUCCUGGAGCAGACAGUCAAACAGAAGGAAGAAGAGGUGCGUGUGUGGAAGUCACGAUGUCAACGAGCAGAGGAGGACAGCAUAAAGCAGGAACAGGCAUUGAUCAACGGCUACAAAGCUGAGAUCUCUACACUCAAACAACAGGUAAAUAUAGUCUGUAGUGUAUGCAGGAGUGGGGCCUUGAUCAACAGCUACAAAGCUGAGAUCUCUACACUCAGACAACAGAUUUCAGAGCUGAAAUCCAAUUCGAGUGUGAUGAAGGCUGCGUGUGAUUCAUCUCCAAGGAAGAAAGGAGCAGAAGAAGACGCAUUUCACCAUAAGUUGUCUGUCCAGUUGAAGGAAUUACAAGCUGAACUAGACAAAAACUCAGCUGUCACACUGGAGCUUCAGCAGGCACUAGAGACGGCCAGGGCUGUGAGUGAGGACUUGGACCAACAACUUGGCCAGGAAAAAGAUGCCCAUGCUGAUACUAGAGCCGAGCUAUCUCGACUCACAGAAGAGAAUGAGGAACUUAAGCAACUCAAGGUCAAGGUUGCACAGCUAGAAAACAGUUUUGAGGACCGGGAGCAAAACCUGGCUUCUAAGGUUGAAGAAAAUCUCAGAGCUGAGGGUUUGAUAGUGGAGCUUGAGGAGCAACUGAAGACAUUGAAAUCUGCAGACUACCCGGCUCAAAUAGCGAGGCUGGAGGAGGAGAUGGCCACACUCCAGACAUCACUGGUCAACAAGGAGGAAGAGUUGGAAACUCUUACAGAAAAAGUUGAGGAGUUAGAAACAGUCAACACUGGUUUACGAGACAUGGUCAACCAGACAACAGCUGACCUCCAGGCAAAGGACCAUAUACUUGCAGAGUUGUCCAGCAAGGUCAAGGUAAAUGAGGAUAUGAAGCAGAGCGCCCUGUCUCCAAGCAGCCCUAUGUCCAGUCUACAGCGACGGAUGAGGGAGAUCAGACAUGAGUCUGAGGCCACAAAAAAUGAACUGACUUCAACUCUCAAGGAACACAAGAAACUACAAGGAGAGUUCACGGUAGCCAAAGAGACGAUCAAGAAAGAACAGGAGAAGACCCAACAACUGACUUCGCACAUUAAGGACCUAGAAUUCCAGCUUGACGAGAGCCAGAUCGAUCGGUCACACAUCAUAGAGGAUCAGAAAACUGCAGAAGAAAAGGCUAAUCAGUUACAAGUUAAAGUUGAGGAACUACAGAAAUGUGUCGAAGAUCGAAAUACACAGCUGGCAGAGCUCAACACGGAGAUCAACCAAUUAAUAUCAAAAGGUGAGAAACAAGAACAGUCAGAGAAACAGGAUAGUGAUGGACUGACGGAGGAACUGGAACGAUCCAGACAGGAAUUAGAGAAUGUAUCAAGUGAACUACGAAAGGUCAAGGCUGACAUGAAACAGAUGUCAAAGAAAGGCAGCAAAGCUAGUAAGACAAUGAUAGAGAGGCUUGAACAUCAGUGUGACCAGCUAGAACUGACUGUGAAGGUCAAGGACACUGAAAUAGAGAGACUCAACACAGAAUUGUCUAACACCAGGUCGUCUGCGGACACAGGUGUCAUCGUCAAAUCCAACCAGAUUGACAGUCUCCAAGCAGAACUUACCAGUGUACGGGCAGAGAUGACAGAAAUGAGAGAAACGAUGGAGAAAAAGAUCGCAGACAGGGACCAUGCCAUUAAAGAUCUCAAUCAGCUUUAUGAACAGAACCAGAAGGAGAUGGAUGAGAAUGAAUUCACAUUGAAAACCCUGAGGAAAGAAAUAGAGAAGUCUUCAGGGAAAAGUGAUAAGAUGCUUACUCAGAAGUUGACACAGAUUCAGGAUGAACUGGAAGUCAAAUCAAAGAGAAUUUUGGAAUUGGAAAUGGCAGAGGAGAAAGCAGAACAAUUUCAGAGUGAAUUGAGUAGCCUUAGAUUGACAAUUAGUGAACUAGAAAAUGUAAAUCAGGAGAAAAAGCAACUUGAAAAUGAAUUAACCAGUUUAAGGCAGAGGCUUACUGAAUUAGAAAAUGUGAACCAAGAAAACGGACAACUUGAAAAGGAGCUAGAGAAAAAAUCACAAAAACUUUCAGAAUUAGAAACAUUGAGAAAUGAAAAGGAACAGCUUGAGAAUGAGUUAGAAAGAAAAACACUGAGACUUUCAGAAUUGGAAAUUGGAAAUGAGAAAACAGAACAGCUCGAGACUGAGUUGUCCAGCUUAAGACAGAGACUGACUGAGCUAGAAAAUGUGAAAAAUGAAAAUGAACAAAUGGAAAAUGAAUUAACUAAACUAAGACAGAGACUUACUGAACUAGAACAUGUGAAUCAGGAAAAAGGACAACUUGAAAAGGAAGUAGAGGAUAAAGUCCAAAAACUUUGUGAACUAGAAACUGUAGAGAAAAAGAACCUUCAUCUUGGUGAGGAAUUGGAUGAUAAAGAGAAGAAAAUAAGUGAUCUUAAAACAGAGAGAGAAAAAGAUGAAAAGAAAUUGGAAAGUCAAACAGAAGAAAUCAGUAAACUUUCAGGACAAGUGGAGGUAAUGGACUCCAGGAUAAAGACUUUGAUGACUGAGAAGUGUGAUCAGGAACAGAAAGUAGAAAGUCUACAGGAAACUUUACACGGAAAAGAAAAAGAGUUAGAGGAAGUGAAAAAUCUAAUAGCAGAUAUCCAAAAUGAGACUAAAAGAUCUUGUAAUGAUGCAACAGCAGAAUUGUCCCACGUGAAAAUGGAGCUAGCCGAGGCCAAGUCAUCCUUACACAUGAUACAGACACUACACCAGAGAGCCAAGAAGGAACUCGCAGAAAAAUCAAAAUAUAUCCAGGAACAAGAGGAGGAGUCCAAGAUGAAAUAUGAACAGGAAGUCACAAAGAGGACAGAUAUAGAAGGGGAAAUGACUACAGUUAAAGGAAAGCUUGCAGAAAUGGAGUCCUUAAAACAAGAUUUAGAAUCACGUAACCAGACUGUACAACACCUUGAAAAAGAACUUGAGACUGCCAUGGCAAAAGUAGCUGACCUCACAUCACAGAAUAGUGAAAGAGGAACACAAGUGAGAGAGCUGGAGGCCAAAAUUACGGAGCAGAGUGAACAAGGUAAGGUUCGUCUUCAGCAGGAGGAGGAGAAACUAACAGCCCUGGUGAAGGCAUGUGAGGAAAAGUCGGGCCUCAUUGACUCACAGGCAGCUAAAAUCAAGGAACUAGCUCAGGGGAAAGAUUGUUCUGACACACUAGCGAUUGAAGUCAGUCAAAAAACAAAACAAAUUGAGGAAUUGACAAACACUGUAAAUCAGCUGGAGACCAGAUUACACAAAAGUGAAUCAGAUAAGUUAGCAUAUAGUCCUCAGAAAGAUAAGGACUCUACAAGGCAGCUGGAGGAUCUGCACAACUCUCUGGAAAGGGAGAAGCUGAAAAGUGAGGAGUACCACAAGCUGUUGGAGGAGAUGCGUGUGAAGGCAUGUCUUAGUCCAGGCAGUGAGAGCAAUAGUGUUCGAAGGCUACGUAAGGAUAAGAUUGAUACAGACAAUGCUUUGCUGGAGGCAAAAUGUAAAAUUUCAUCCUUGGAACGGCAGCUUGCUGAUCGGAUUUUCUCAUCACCACGACAACGAGAAUGCCUCCAGCGGGGCUCUGUCACCAGCCCGACGGUACAUAGGGAACUAAAUCGGAGUCAGGAACGGGAGCAGACUUUGAGACGACAGUUACAGCAGGCUAGCAACAGUCUCCAGGAACUAGGUCAAAAAGUCAGCGACCUUGAAGAUCAACUUUCACAUAAGGUGAAGGCCAUUCAGGAUGCUGAGGACACCAUUCAAGCCUUAAAGAAUCCUGGAACCCGCAGUGGUCGUCCCAGCACGGUAGCUGAAGUGAGUCGUCUUGAGGCAGAGCUCAAACAAAGGUGGGGUCAGAUACAGGAACUCCAGUCAGACCUUAUCCGUCGUGAUGAGAAGCUGGCGGCCAAGUCACAGGCCCUCAAGGAUUUCAAGAUUUCCAUGGAGAGAGAACGAAAUGAUUUUGAAGCUGCUCUCAGAGAUGCCAAGGCAAAUGAAUCUCUAAUAGAGAUGUUGAAGAAUGCCAUCACAGAGCAGGAAGAAACGAUGGAGAAACAGGAUUCUUACCUCCACAGAAAAGAAGAGGAGAUCAGAAACCUCUCACAGGAACUGGAAAAGUACACAGACAAGUAUCGCCAGGUCCUGGAAUCCAGUGGGGAUUCAGGACGAAGGAUGAUGGAACUGACACGCGAGAAUGCACGACAAGUCACUGAACAUUCACAGCAACUUAAAGAACAGGAGGGGAAAGUGUGCAAAUUGAACGAGACUCUUCAGGAGCAGAAAGUCACCAUAGGCAAACUGACAGAAGAAAAAGAAAAGUUAGGACUUGUUCUGAAGGAAAACAAUGCAGAGUUGAAGGAUCUGGAAAAACUGCUGUCACAGAGUCGCACAGAAACAGAGUGUCUGAGAGAAAGGCUGAAUUGUAGUAGUGAGAACAAGUCUGAAGCCACAGAAAAGGCAGAACAGGAGGCAGCCAUGCUACAGGUCAAGGUCAGGGAAAAAGAACAUGCACUGAAGGAUUCUCAGCGAUCACUGCGACAACUGGAGGAAAAACUCAACAAUGCAAAACAACAGACCAAUCAUAGCGAGGCAGAACUGAUUCAGGUCAGAAAGGCAUUGGAGGAGAAAGACAGUCAGCUCAAGACCUGGAGGACUGAGAGAGACAAUCUUGUGGCUGGCCUGGAGGGUAUUAUGAAGAAACAACAGAAAGAAAUACAUGAUCUUAAGAAUCAGGUCAAGGCAGGUCAGAGAGGUCAUCACCUUGACGAAAGCGUACUAUCACCAUUACAGUCAAGUCACACAAGUCAUCAUCAAGAUGACACUGCAUCCACACCAGCCAGGUCAAGUUUCAGGAGCCAUCACCAAAAAGACAUUUCACCAGUUAAGACAAAUCACAAGAGUAGGUGUCAAAGUGAAAGUACAUCAAGCAGGUCAAGUCAUAGUAACCACCAACAUGGUGACAGAACUUUAUCACCUGUCAAGUCAACUCACAGGGCGCAUCGCCAAGGCAGUGUUGCUCUAUCACCAAUCAGUGUGAAGGAAGAAGUUCCGUCAGGUGACAGCAGCAGCAGUGACGACAGAUUGAAGUCACCCCACCCAGGCACAGUGACAACCGAGUGUCACAGGUCACGUAGACAUAGCAAGAUGUCUACAGAGCAGUGUCCAUUAACAAAGACUCCUCAAUCUGAGGCCAGCAGGAGUCAUCGAAGCUCCAGUAGGCGCAGUCGUAAACGGAGAUCAGUGAGCGAGUCAGCAUUAGAGUUGCCAGCGAAGAAGAGAGACAACUUUGAUGCAACAUUUGCUUCAGAAGAAAGUAGUAUUUCUGACCAUGUUCAGAUAGAUGCCACGCCCCCUGUGGCUGCACGCAACCUCAGAAAAAGUCGUAAAAAACAAGGCACCACAGAAACAGAAGGUAAGGAGAACACAGGACCAUCUUCACGCCGAACAAGAAGGGGAACUAAAGGUACGGAGGCUCCAGGUCUGGGACGCAUUGGCUCCAUUGUGUCUGCUAUCAAAAACUCAUCUCUAACACGCUCAGCUAAGAAACUAUUAGAUGACAUCUCUGAGUCACCAAGCCAAUCAACACAAGAUCGUCCAACAGGAACCAGUGGGCCUUCAACACCAGACAGCCAAUACGUCGAGGUGGAAGAUCAGGGCACUCAGAUGUCAGGGGGGAAUAAGGAGGAGCAACAGCGCUCCAAACGAUCACGUAAACGCCAUCAACUAUACACAGAAAAUGUACACAUAUCAGAGCCAUUCGAGGGAGGAGGACUCUUUGUGCCUUCCACUCCGACUAAUGAUGUUCAUGGCAUAGUAUUAAGGAAACUGAGGACAAGAAAACACUAAAUGGUAAAGACACUGCAAACCUGUCUUUAGAAAACUGGUCACACGCCACAAUUCAGUGACAAAAUUUAAGCUAUACAGACUUAGCACAACGGUGAUCUCCUC